AUGGCUGCUGUCACGGGACCGAGAAUUACUCCCAACUCCUUCUUCGCCACGACUGCUCCUCCUGCUGGUCAACCACGCAAGGCGGAGUCUUCUCCGGUCACCAUCUACUUUAUCUCUGGGAAUCCGGGCUUGAUUGGUUACUAUCAUACCUUCCUGUCCUUGCUGUCGUCGUACCUUUCAUCGUCAUCAUCAUCGUCGCCUUCGGCGGCGCAGGACAAGAACAGCGUGUCCGAUAGUUUCCACAUUUAUGGCUCUAGCCUUGGCGGUUUCGAAGUGGGAGCUGAAUCUUCGAAUGAGAAGAAGAAGAAGGAGCAGCCGGAGCUGUAUGGUCUGGAGCAGCAGAUCCACCUCGCUGAAAGCAGGUUGGAAGCCUUUGUGAGCGCCAACUGUCCCCAGCCGGCUUCGACGACUGUGACGACAGGCAAUGUGCAAAAUCGCCCGCGAGUCAUUCUGAUGGGCCACUCGGUUGGUGCGUACAUUGCAAUGGAGAUUCUGCGACGACAUCGCGAGGAGUUUUCCCAUGCCCCGUUUGAUAUCGUCGGUGGGAUUAUGCUGUUCCCAACGGUGGUGGAUAUUGCUUUGUCGCCUGAAGGGAAGAGAUUAACGCGACUGCUAUAUUUCAUCCCUCAAUUGGCGCUCGUCGCCAGCCUCCUAGCCAAGUUUCUGACGUUUCUUUUCCCCGAUGUGGUGCUCCGCUCGCUGAUCAGGCUGGUGAUGGGAUAUCCUCCUGAUGACGCCGUCGAGACCACUUUGGCAUUCCUAAAGAGCAAGCGUGGCGUGAGACAGGCACUGCACAUGGCGGCAGAUGAAAUGCACGACAUCACAGCCGACAAAUGGAGUGACGACAUCUGGGGCACUCGAUCCUCGCCUUCCAGCGACGGCAGCAACAGUCGAAAGCUAUCCAAACUGGUCUUCUACUUUGGCCGCAACGAUCACUGGGUCGCGGAACGGACCAGGGACGAGAUCAUCGCCAUGAGGGGCAGCACCAGCAGCGAGAGUAGAGGCCCCAAAAUGGUAGUAUGUGAAGAAGGCCUGCCGCAUGCGUUUUGCAUUCGACACAGCGACAUCAUGGCGCGAAAGGUCGCGGGGUUUAUCAGGGAGAUUUUGGCUGAAUCAUGA